UUCCUCCCAUCUUCCUUUCUCCCUUCACACAUAUAUAGUAUAUUAUUGUUAUAAAAUUCAAACCCCAAUUUUCAACAGUUGGAACCGCUUCCAGAUUCAGUCUAACCUCUUUUCUUGUCUCAGCUACUCAACAAAUCAAUAUUCUAUUUUGAUAAUUUUGGUUUGUUUACAGGUCAGGCGAUGAUGAAUACUUUAGUCCAAUCGGAAAACGAUUUCCACCCGAAUUCUAAUCUCAAUGGCGUUUCUGAAGACUCAGAUGCGAUUCUCAAGCUGAUAGGCAUCAUGCUCAUGGAGGACGAACCGUGUAUGCUUCACGACAGCUCGGCUCUCCAAGCUACCCAGAAAUCUCUCUACGAUCUUCUCAACAGCAACGACAACGACAACGGCUCCCACAAUAUUACGACGACAAAGAAGAAUAACAGAUGCAGGGAAGACGAUUAUCGCAGCAAUAAGCAGUUGGCGAAAAACUUCAGUGGCGAAGACGAUGCCUUGGAAAUGUUCGAUAAGGUGCUCCUGUGUUCCCACUUCGUGCCCAAUGCCGAUGGCGAAGACGAAGCCAGGCAGGAGACGAGGAGGAGGAGGAGGAGGAGGAGAGGAAAGAAACAGCUUGUGGUGGUGGAUCUGCAUACUCUCUUGAUGCAAUGCGCGCAGGCGGUUGCCACCUUCGACACCAGGACCGUCACCGACCUGCUUGCUAAAAUACGCCGCCAUUCCUCCCCGCACGGCGACGGCACGCAGCGCCUCGCCCACUACUUCGCCAACGCCCUCGAGGCGCGCGUCGCGGGCACCGGCUCCGCCGCGUACACCGCCUUCUCCAGCCGGAUAUCGGCCGCCGUCUUCGUCAGAGGCUACCACACAUUCAUCAAGGCCUGCCCUUUCAGAAAGAUGUCCAAUAUUUUAGCCAACAAAACCAUCCGGAAACUCGCCGAUUCCGCAGCGUCCCUUCAUAUAAUCGACUUCGGCAUCCUCUACGGUUUCCAGUGGCCCUGCCUCAUCCAGUCGCUCUCCGAGAGGCCCGGUGGUCCCCCCAAGCUGCGCAUCACCGGGAUCGACUUCCCCCAGCCGGGGUUCCGCCCGGCCGAGCGCGUGGCCGACACGGGCGACCGUCUCGCCAGGUACUGCCGGCGGUUUGGAGUCCCGUUCGAGUACAAGGCGAUCGCGCAGAAGUGGGAGAGCAUCAAACUGGAGGAGCUCGAGAUCGAGAGGGGCGAGCUGCUGGUAGUGAAUUGCCUGUACCGGCUGCCGAACGUGCCGGACGAGACGGUGGCGGUCGACAGCCCGAGGGAUCAAGUGCUGAGGCUCAUCAAGAGGAUCAACCCGGACAUGUUUAUCCAAGCAGUGGUGAACGGCACCUACAACACGCCCUUCUUCGUCACCCGGUUCAGGGAGGUGCUGUUCCAGUACUCGUCGCUGUUCGACAUGUACGAGGCCACCGUGCCCCGGGAGGACCCCAACAGGCUGCUGUUCGAGGAGGAGGUGUUCGGAAAGGACGCCAUCAACAUAAUAGCCUGCGAGGGGACGGAGCGGCUUGAUAGGCCGGAGACAUACAAGCAGUGGCAGGCCAGGAUUGUCAGGGCCGGCUUCAGGCAGCUCCGGCUGGAUCAGCAGAUCGUGAGACACGUGAGGAACAAGGUCAAAGCGGAGUAUCAUAAAGACUUCUCGCUUGAUGAAGAUGGGAAAUGGAUGUUGCAGGGAUGGAAAGGCCGAGUUCUUCACGCUUUUUCUUGCUGGAAACCUGCCCAAAACUGA